UUCAAGAGAAUUGGAAGAGUUUUAGAACGCAUUACUACAUUUAUCUAUACGUGAAGAUUCUUUGCUAAUUAUUUAUUGUGAAAAUUACACAGCAGGUAUAUUUAAUUUUACCGCAAUGCAAUAUAAUUAAAAGCUAUUGCCUUAGCGUAAUUUAGAGAAAGACCAAUUUUUCCAGUUAAGGAUAAAUUUUUAUGACUUUGUGUACAGCUCGAUUUAAGAGACCUCUUUCGAAAUGUAUACAAAACGCAGUUUUUGAAUUGUUCAACGGUUAAUAACACCAAGAAGCGUUUAUAUACAAUGUGAAAGUUAGUAAACUGUUCUGUAGAAAAAGGAAAUUAAUGUUUGAAUGAAAGAGUGAAGACGAUUAAACUGUAAAAAAGAAUUAUUUCACAAAAAUGAAUGACACACGUAAUAUGAAGAAAGAGAAAAAGCAACAUAUACAAGUCUUUGUCCGUGUCAGACCAAUAAAUAAUAGUGAGAAAGUAGGAAAAUCGAUAACAGUUGUUGAUAUACCAUCUAAUAAAGAGGUGGUUGUUCGUGAAAGACCUCAUGAUAAAUUUACAAAGAAAUUUACGUUUGACAAAGUAUUUGGACCUAAUUCGAAGCAGGAUAUAUGAAGAUCCAGCUAAAAAGGGUGCUGUAAUAGUGCAUGGAUUAGAAGAAAUAUCAAUACAUACUAAAAAUGAAGUAUUUAAUAUUCUUCAGAAAGGAUCUGAUAAACGACAGACUGCAGCUACUUUGAUGAAUGCACAUUCAAGUCGGUCCCAUACAAUAUUUUCUAUUACUAUUCAUAUAAGGGAGAAUACUAUUGAUGGUGAAGAGUUAUUGAAAACAGGGAAACUAAAUUUAGUUGAUUUGGCUGGCAGUGAGAAUGUUGGAAGGUCUGGUGCUGUUGAUAAAAGAGCAAGAGAAGCUGGCAAUAUCAAUCAGUCUCUAUUAACUUUAGGUCGAGUUAUAACAGCACUUGCAGAAAAAACUCCACAUGUGCCUUACAGAGAAUCUAAAUUGACGCGAUUACUUCAAGAAUCAUUAGGUGGACGGACUAGAACUUCAAUAAUCGCUACGGUAUCUCCUGCUAGUAUUAAUCUCGAGGAAACAUUGUCAACAUUAGAUUAUGCACAUCGUGCUAAAAAUAUCACGAAUCGCCCUGAGAUUAAUCAGAAAUUCUCUAAAAAGGCACUACUUCAAGAAUAUAUUGAAGAAAUUGAAAGAUUAAAGAAAGAUUUAAUAGCAUGUCGCGAACGAAAUGGUAUUUAUUUGACUCCAGAUAGUUACAAUGAAAUGCUAUCUUUAAUGGAAUUUCAAAGUAAAGAAAUAGAGGAAAAAUUAAGUCAUAUUAAAGCGCUCGAAGAAUGUAUGAAUUCUAAAGAGCAAAUAUUUAACGAAUUAAAAUCAAAAACUUUUGAACAAGCAAAUGAAUUAUCAAAUAUGAAAAAUCAAUUGCAAAAUACAGUAAAUGUUUUAAUGUCAACGUCAACACGCUUGAUAAUAUCGGAACAAGAAAAAGAGGAACAGAAGCAUCUUGUUGAGAAACAUGCACAUACUGAAAAUAUUCUUUUAUCACAAGUACAAUCAGUUUUAGAUGUUGCUGAUACUGCUACUUCAGAUGUAAAUAAACUUCAUGAAAAAAUUUUUCGUAAACUACAAAUAGGACAGCGAAAUAAAUCUGUUGCACAACAAUUUAAAGAUAAUAUUAAAGGACAAAUAAGUAGAAUUGAAGCUGAUGUUGCAUCACAUACUGAAAAUUUAAUUCAAUUCUGUACUUCUAUGAAGAAUCAUAUUGAUACGCAAAAUAUUUCAUUUAGUGAGGACAUUGAAAAGUCGAUACAAGUUAUGUCUCAGGAUCUCCUUAAUUUAGAACAAAAUAUAAUUCAUAAAUUGGAGAAAAAUAUAAAUGAUUCUUAUUUAAACUAUCAACAAUGGCUAGAAAGUGAGAAUAAAAAUGUUAUAACUAUGACUAAUGCAAAAAUUAGUAUGUUAAAUAAUAUUUCUUCUCAUAUUGUACAAAAAUUUGAUCAAUUAAUAGAAAAUAAACUAGCUGAAAGUUUACAAGCAUUAAACAGUGAAAUUUCUCAAAAUAUUGACAACUUGGUAGACUCUACGAAAGAAUCAAUAAUAUCAAUUUCUAAAUGUUUAACUGAAAAGCGGGAUUAUUUAAAUAAUAAUAUGUUAAAAAUUAAAGAAUAUGUUGAAAAUAUUCGACAAGAUCAAAAUGAUAUUAUUGAAAAACGGACAAAUUUUUUAAAGAUGAUGGAUGAUUUGCAACAUUGUUUCAAUGAAGUACAAAAAGAGGAAGAAGAAAAUCAUUUUACAGUAUACACUCUAUUAAACACUAUUGAUGAAACUUGUGAAGUUAUAAAUAAUCAAGUUUCGGAUACUUGCAGAAUAAAUAUAGAAAAGCAACACGAUUUACAAGAAAGAUUUAGAAAUGAUUUAGAUACAAUAAAAAAAGAAAUUGUUGAAGUAACAGAUGAGUCUCGAUUGUUACACGAAAAUGCAGUAGCACAAGCUAAAAUAUUAAUAAAUGAUUUCCAAGUAGAUUUGAAUAAAAAUUGUGAUACAUUAAUGAAUUUUAAAAAUUGCGUGGAACGUAAUAUUACGGAAAUGCAACAAAAAAUGGAAAAAGAUAAAAGUUUUAUUCUAUCAGCAAUUAAUGACGUAUAUGUGAAAGUUUAUACCACUAGUAAUAAACAUACAAAUUGCUUAAAUGAUUAUAAAAUCGCAUUUAUGAAUAUAUUUCUAGAAAUAAGUCAAAAGCUUGAAAACGAAAAUAUUAAUACACCAAAUAUGAAUAGUAAAAUUAUUUUAGAAAUACAAGAGAUACUUGAUCAAAUUGACAAAUUCUUUGCACAAGAUUUAUAUCGCGAUAGUCCAACAGGCUCAACUCCUGCAAAGAAAGAUUUUCGGUAUUCUAAAAAACUUGUUAAAACAUCUCCAUAUGAACGACUACUCAAAAGAUAUAGAGAAACUCUUAAAGAUAUCGAAGAUACAGAAAAUGAGCCUAUGCUAUUGCUGACCCAUAACACGCCAAAAAAGGAAACUGUGGAUACAAGUUGACAAGCAACCUUUAAAGGAAUUACAACAGCAUAUGUAUUAUGUGAAAAUAUACUGAAUAUGAAUUUUUAAAUUGUAUUUCAUAUAUAACAGUGCGACAAAAUAAAAU